AUCGUAGAAUGGAACCUCGCCCGCCUCUUGACCUGGCACUCGACCGUUCCGCUGCUUGCAACUUCGGGCCGCCGGAAUCCUCGUCACAGCCCCCAACCACCCAGCAGCUCUUGCUAUAUCCCUCCGAAGUGAGCAACCAAGUAGGUAGGGCAGCAUCGGCGCGUGGCCGACCCGGCCAAGCAGGUGCGGCUUGUCGGUCCCAAGCUUCCAGCAACCCCCGCCAAUAUCAGAGGACCUAUCAAUAUACCGACGAGCCUAGCUGUGGCCGAGAAAAGCUCACCUCUGUGGAGAAGUGCCGUGGCCAAGUCGCAGCGCCGCUACCCUACCACCCCACUUCGAGAGAAGCGAUGUCCCCUCCCGCAGACACUCCGGCUCGCUUCUCCCAUUGGUACAUUCUAGGCACUCUCGGCAAGUGA